AUGGCAGAUCCAGAAUCGAUCAUCCACCAUGCGGAUGGCACGAAUGGGCCAACUGGCAGAAGUUAUGCCAGACGACCAAGUAUCCUACAUCCGGAUCUUCAAAUUCGUUCCAAAGAUGAAAUGCCAGAUCCGCAUGAAUUGGACUUGGAGGAAGAGUAUGAGGGCUGGCACGGAUAUAUCGAAUGGGAGAAAUAUCCCGAGCGAAAGCAAAAGGCAAGGGAAUUUUUGAAGAGGUUCAAAUUUCCUCCACCGCCGGAAUUCCAAUUAGUUCCUUUACCGAAAACAAACCCAAUCUUAGAAGGAGUGAGAUGGAAACAGUAUCAUUAUGCAAUGGGAAGAAAGUUGAAAGAUAUCCCGGCAGAAAGUUGGCUAUUUGUCGAGAAGGAAAAAUCUCCAGAUAUGCUUCAUGUGUUACAGUUUCCAUACAAUGGAGAACCUCCUCGAAAUCGACUUGUUGAAUCGGCCAUAACUGCUAAUGAAGAUCAUUUUGUUCGAAACCAUGGUGGAAUUCCUGAAAUCGAUGAAGAUGCCUACUUCUUCGAUGUUGGUGGUUUGGUCAAUGAACCAAAACGUAUCACCUUGAAAGAAUUAAAGGAUGAAACCAUCUUCCCGAGGCAAAGUAACGUCGUCACAAUCCAGUGCUCAGGAACUAGAAGAAUUGAGCAAAUCAGUCAGUAUCCGGGUGAUGGAGAUGAACUUAUCAAUGCGCCGUGGGGUGAGGGAGCUAUCGGAACCGCACGAUGGACCGGUGUAUCUCUUAAAAAGGUUAUCAAAUACUGCGGCGGUCUCAAAAGCCCCUCUGGAGCAAACCAUCUCGAGUUUCUUGGAGCAGAUACCUACUUCAAAAAAGGCGAGGUAUCCAAUUAUGCCGUAUCCGUUCCAUGGCGUAAAGUCAAGAUCAAUGAGGUUCUUCUUGCCUGGGAAAUGAAUGGGGAACCACUCCCCAAAAUUCACGGCUUUCCUUUACGUGCCGUGGUGUUUGGGUAUAUCGGUGCUCGCUCCUGCAAAUGGCUUACGAGGAUUAAUGUUCUACCUUAUGAAUCCCCUGGGCCGGUACAGAAGAAAGAGUAUUUAUAUUACAAUUCUCAGGUAGGGAAACAUAAUGCGACUUACAGUUCUGGAUUUAGUAUUCAAGAUAUGCCAGUAAGUUCGGCUAUCAUGAGUCCAAUAGAUAUGGAUCAAAUAGUGCAUGAUGGGAAAAUCAAAAUGAGGGGGUGGGCUUACAGCGGGGGAGGACAUUGGCCGGUCAGGGUGGAGGUUAGUGGUGAUGGGGGAAACAUUUGGUAUGAGGUUCCUUAUGAGAAUUUGAGUGAGAAGUAUUACCAUGCGUGGAGAUUGUGGGAAAUUGAUCUCCCGGUCGACGCGGAAGGAUGGCUAGAGUUGGUGGUGAGGUGUUGGGACAAUUCGAUGAAUACGCAACCUACGUUUGUGAGAUCUACUUGGAAUUGGGAUCUUCACGUCACAUCUUCUUGUCACCGAAUCAAAAUCUUUAGUAUCAACAAGUCGAAACAGAAGACGGCAGCGAGGGUACAAAUAUAUGAGAAAAUGGGUAUCCCAUUCUUACCAAUUACACAACCAGGACCCUUUGAAUUGGAGGAUGAUGAGACUUAUGAUGCAGAGAUGGAAGCUAGAGGUGGUCGGGAUCCUAAAGAGUGA